AGGGGCCCUAGUAGACCUAGGGGCCACUCGCAGCUAUAUUAGUAGGAAAGCGCUGCAGAAGUUGAGGCUGGGACUUAAAGUCUAGAAACUGACAGACCCCAUAGUUAGUAUCCUCGCGGACAAUCGUACUAUGAUUGUAGAGGAUUACGUAGAGGGAGUCCAGGCGAAUUUCCGCCUAGAGAAAGAUGGGAAAGUGGAGAAGGUCCUCCACUCCCUGACUCUCCUCGUAGAGGACAGCCUCCCAUUUGACAUUGUCCUGGGAAUGGAUUGGGGAGAGGCAGCCGGGGCCACGCUCUAUUUGAAGGAGCACGAGUGUAGGCUCCCUAGUUCGUCAGCCGAGGCCAAGACUGCCCGCCUGUUCCAUGUGUCAGGGGUAGAGAAUUCCUUUGUGCACUGCUGCCUUAGUGCCCCCGCAUUCGCCAGACUGGUGAAGAAGGAAGGAUUGGGGGAACAGGUCUUUGUUGCCUAUGUUAGGCCAGUGACUGAGCCUACGGAGGAGAAGCUGGUGGACCCCGCGAUUGCCAAGCUGCUGGAAGAGUUUAAGGAUUUGACUGAGCCGCCGACAGGCACGGUGCCGUGGCCCAUCCAACACCGUAUCGAGAUAGAGCCUGGCAGUAGAGCUCCUAAGGGUGCUGUGUAUAGGAUGUCCCCGCGGGAGUUAGAGGAGCUUCGCAAGCAAUUAGACGAGCUCCUCGAGAAGGGUUGGAUUAGGCCCAGUUCGUCUCCUUUCGGAGCGCCUGUCCUUUUGUUCCUAAGAAAGAGGGAGAGCUGAGAAUGUGCAUAGACUAUAGGGGUCUGAAUGUUAUUACAGUAAAGAAUGCUGAGCCAC